AUGGCAGCAGCUUCCACAGAUUCGGGCCAGGGGACCACCAAGAUAACUCCUGAAGUGCUGCAGGAGAUGCUGCGGUACUACAACCUGAGCCGCCAGGAGUUCAUCAACACUUACAACAUCCAGCCGCUCGUCUACAUCCCCGAGCUGCCGUACAGCGCCAAGACCACCUUUGUCAUCAUGUACACGGUCAUUUUCGUCAUGGCGCUGGCCGGGAAUAGUUUGGUCAUCUACAUAGUUGUGAAGAAACGGGCGAUACAGACGGCGACAGAUAUUUUCAUUUGCUCACUGGCGGUCAGCGACCUGCUCAUCACUUUCUUCUGCAUACCGUUCACUUUGCUGCAGAACAUCUCCUCUGAAUGGUUCGGCGGGGUUCUGGUUUGCAAAACAGUUCCCUUUGUGCAGACCACAGCCAUAGUGACAGGCAUCCUCACCAUGACUUGCAUUGCCAUUGAGAGAUACCAGGGCAUUGUCUUCCCACUGAAAAUGAGGAGGCAGUACUCACCCAAAAGAGCAUACCAGAUGCUAGGGCUUGUAUGGAUCGCCUCAGUGAUAGUGGGUUCACCGAUGUUGUUUGUGCAACAACUGGAGGUCAAGUACGACUUCUUGUACGAUCACUACCACGUGUGCUGUCAGGAGAGUUGGCGUUCUCUGACACACAGGCAGGUGUACACCACCUUCAUCAUGGUGGCCCUCUUCCUGCUCCCUUUGGCUGCCAUGCUGUUCCUCUACACGCGCAUUGGCAUCGAGUUGUGGAUCCGCAAGAGGGUGGGCGACUCCUCAGUCCUCAACACCAUGAACCACAGGGAGAUCAGUAAGAUCUCAAGGAAAAAGAAAAGAGCUGUUAAAAUGAUGAUCACCAUAGUUCUGCUAUUUACCGUUUGCUGGGCGCCAUUCCACACAGUCCACAUGCUGUUUGAGUACUAUGACCUUGAGAAGAAAUAUGACGGAGUCACGCUUAACAUGAUCAUUGCUAUCGUUCAGGCCAUCGGGUUCUUCAACAGCUUCAACAAUCCCAUCGUGUACGCCUUCAUGAACGAGAACUUCAAGAAGAGCUGCGUCUCCACCCUCUCCCACUGCAUCCGAAAACCUAACCAGCAGGGCGUCGCCGCGGAGGCGCCCAAACUGACCGUGCAGUUCAUCAAACCGCGGAGCAGAGAAGCCUUCUUUGCGUCAGACGAAGACAACAGCUCGAAGCAGCACUCGGCAGAGACGGGCCCUGCGAGAUCCUCGCAUGGAGAGAGCUCGCUGGAAAUAAUAGGCGAAAAAAUCUCCACCAUCCAGACAGAGCUGCCCGCGAACAGCUCAUCUCAAGUCAAAAGUUCAGGUGUUUAGCUGUUGAGCUCCACCCUCCUGUUUGUUGACAUUUCCAGCUGCAGGUGCGUCAGAUGGGCGCGUCACAGUUGCUGUUCAAAGACUCAAAACAAAAACAGCUUGAGAACAUAUCUCUGCUGUGUCACAGAGCUUGCCGUGGGAGUAAUGCGGUCAGACAAUGAAACACCAGUGGAUGAAUCAAAAAAAAUCUGCAGGGCAUUCAGCCUCUCAGUGAGCACAAACCAUGGGUGCUAUGGUACACUGGGAGUUGUUUGGAAAAGACAACACAGAAGACCGUGCUUGUAGCCACAAAAGAUGCCCGAGCAUAACAGUUACUGCACUGCUAAACGUCCGUUAGUUCAAGUCAGCUAUUCAGCAUCAUUCGACUCCUGUCAGGUGAAUUCAAUCGCAAACCUUUGCUUUAAUAACGCGACACAAGCUCUCUGUUAAGCCUCUUAGAUUUUUAUUGCUUGAGAUAACAGAUAAAUGAGAUUAAUAAAACUCAAACAUGUUGAUGUAACACAUAAAUUUGCCAGAAACGCAAACACAGAUUUUUCAUUUUCUGUCAGUUGAGUAAUUGUAUUAUUUCAUGUGAUUUAUUUUGACUUUUUAAGUGCUAAACUGAACAGCUAGGCUCAAACUGCAAACAGGACAGUGUACAGUUUUUAAUCAGGUAAAGGUUAAAAUAAAGCCGCAUGCCUUAAUGUUUGAAAUAAACAGCCGGGCUCUCAAAUCAACAUACAGAAUUUAGACGUUUUUUUUUAGAUCAAACCCUACGACAUCCACAACGCUCUCACAUACACACAAGGGGACAAAAUGAGUUUCAGUGUUAAUGUGUUUGCUUGAAGGUGCUGUGGAAUAUUUUUGUAAUGUUGGCGUGUAAACACGGUGUAUAUUUAAAGUUAAUCACACGUUCUGUAAUGAUACGUUUGGUACCGACAGCUUGGCUUUUAUCCGCGGUUCUUUGCAGAUUGUUGAUUUUAAAGGUGUUAACUUGAACAUCAAGUCAUUUAAAAUGUGUUUCUUUGUAUUUUUAAAAUGCAGAUCAGAAUGCCAGUGAGCUCUAAUCUCUAUUUAAUUUUUAAAUUGAAUAAAAUGGUC